CACCAGCCCGCGAGCGACAGGAUAGCGGCGGAGGGAGGAUGGAGAGCCGCGAUGAGACUAUGAUGGAGAAGCACCGUGUGCACUUGCGCCCCAUCACGCUGCGCGAUGCCGCCCCUGCUACGCUGCACCUACUGCCCUGUGAGGUGCUGGCCAGCCGGCCCGCUCCUGUGGGGCGCUUCUUCACGCCCGCCAUCCGCCAGGGUCCAGACGGACUUGAAGUUUCGUUUCGAGGCCGCAGUCUACGGGGCGAGGAGGUGGCGGUGCCGCCCGGCCUGGUGGGAUACGUGAUGGUGACCGAAGAGAAGUUGAUAGGGAAGCAGGACUUUUUGGGGGAUUCGGAAAAUAACUAUCAGGAAGAGGAACGGGAGCCGGUGGCUGCCCCGGAGCCGCUGGAACGGGACUUUGACCGCUUUAUUGGAGCCACUGCCACUUUCAGCCGCUUCACCCUCUGGGGCCUGGAGACCAUCCCUGGCCCGGAUGCCAAAGUGCGUGGGGCCCUAACUUGGCCUAGCCUCGCUGCAGUGAUUCACGCUCAGGUGCCAGAGGACUGAAAACCAGAAAUUGAAAGCCAUGGACCCCUUCACAGCAAUAAACCAGCUUUUCACUUUGGAGCCAGAGUCCCAUCACUCCAAUAAAGAAGGUCUUGACAACA